AUGCCCAGUUUAUCAGAUGAUUCUAUCACAACAGAAAUUCCAUUAAAAAUUAUUGAUAAUCAUGCUGAAACUGAUAUUUCAUUACGAACAGAUGAUGAUUUCCACGAAGGUGUUUCAUUACUCUUAUCAAUUGAUGACGCCAUUAAAGAAGAAUUAUUUAUGUCAGAUAAUGAUGGUUCCUCAAUAAAUGAUGAUAGAAUUAAGCCGAAUAUUGGACAUACAAAUUUGGAACUUUUUGAGGAUACAGCAGCUGAAUUGUUUUCUCAAUACUUGAAAGUUUUCACACAACCUCAAGCACUUGAACGAUCUGUGAAAUCAGCAAAUUUGGGUACAUUAUUUGGUGUAUAUUUGCCAACAGUUCAGCAUAUUUUGGGUGUAACCAUGUUCAUACGUCUUUUUUGGGUUGUUGGAAUUGCUGGCAUAACACAAGCAUCUCUGCUUCUUGCACUCUGUUGUUUAACUACUUUUAUCACUACUAUCAGUUUAUCAGCAAUAGCUACAAAUGGUGAAAUUAAGAGUGGUGGCGCUUAUUAUAUGUUAUCGAGAAAUCUUGGAACAGAAUUUGGUACAGCAAUAGGCAUACUAUUUUAUCUGGGAAAUGCAGUUGCUGCUUCUAUGUAUUUAGUUGGUGGUGUUGAAAUUUUAUUGAUUUAUAUUUUUCCUGAUCUUACAAUUGGCGGCCGAGAAGUGCAAUCACAAACAGAUAUGUUUGGUAUGAUGUCACAUAAUUUACGAAUUUAUGCUACACUAUUACUAAUACUUGAAUUUAUUGUUGUAGCUAUGGGUGUACGAUUCGUGCAGCUUUUUGCACCGAUCUCACUUUUAUGUGUUAUUUUAUCGAUAUUAUCCUGUUUUGCUGGUGGAAUUGAGAAAUCAAUCAGUCCAGAAAAUGGGCAAAGAGUAUGUAAAAUAGGAGAUCAUUUAUUGCAAGCACAAAUAUUUAUGCCGCAAAAUAUCUCAAUUAUACACAUCUGCAGGUACUGCAAUGAAGGAUUUAUAAGUAGAAAUGUUCCAGAAUAUUGUGGUAAUGGUACAUGCUUUUUACCUAUUGAAUGUGUAAAUGGUUAUCCUGGUUUUACGAGCGGUGUUCUAAAAGAAAAUUUGAAAGCAACUCAUUAUACGAAAGAUGGUGAAUACAAACCUGGAAAAGCAGCAAAUACUCAUAUCGAGGUGUAUCAAGAUGUAAAAACGACGUUCUUCGUAUUAUUGGCUAUUUAUUUUCCAGCAGUUACUGGAAUUUUAACCGGAACUAACAUGAGCGGAGAUCUCAAAAAUGCCCAAAAAUCAAUACCGUCAGGUACAUUAGGAGCGCAAUUGACCACUUCAUUCAUCUAUUUUGCGCUUGCUUUAACAUUUGGUGCUGCAGUUGAUGGUGAUGUUUUACGAGAUAAAUAUGGAGCAUCAAUGGCAGGUAGUAUGGUUGUGGCAAAUUUGGCAUGGCCAAGUCAUUGGAUAUUAUUAGUUGGAUCAUUCACUUCAACAUUUGGUGCUGCUCUUCAGUGUUUAUGCAGCGCACCUCGUUUACUUCAGUGUAUUGCACAGGAUGAAGUGGUACCAGAGCUGAAGAGUUUCAAAAAAUUGACAAAAAGGAAUGAACCAUUCCAUGGGUUGCUAAUUACAACAUUAAUUGCUGAAUUAGCAAUACUUCUUGGUGCAAUGGAUCAUAUUGCAGCUGUCGUUGACUUUUUCUUCUUGAUGUGUUAUGCAUUUAUUAAUGUCAUUUGUGCAAUGCAUUCUAUUGUCAAAGCACCUAAUUGGAGACCUCGUUACAAAUAUUAUCACUGGUCACUUGCUUUGCUUGGUGCAUUUUUGUGUUUUUUCAUCAUGUUUACAACACAUUGGGAUUAUGCAAUUGUUUCAUGUCUUCUUUGUUUUUCAUUUUAUAAAUAUACGGAAUACAGGGGAGCAAACAAAGAAUGGGGUGAUGGAAUGCGAGCAGUAUCAAUUUCAACUGCACAAAAGGCUUUGUUAACGAUCGAUGAUAGCGAAGCAUCACAUCCAAAAGAUUUUAGGCCACAACUACUCAUUCUUUUUGCACUAAAAUGGCAAGAUGAUCAGAGUGAUUUACGCUAUAAACGUUUACUUCAUUUGGCUUCACAAUUAAAAGCAAGUCAAGGGUUGUGCGUUGUUGUCGCAUUUCUUUGUGGUAAUCCUUUUGAUGAGAAUGAUCGAAAUAGCGCUAAUGAGAUACGGAAACGAUUAAAAGACUAUAUGAAAGAAGCAAAGCUUCGUGGAUUUGCGAAAACUCUUGUAUAUGGCGAAUCUCAAAUUUGUGGGAGUAUUUCAACAGUUAUUCAAAGUACUGGAGUUGGUGCUCUUUGUCCAAAUACACUACUAUUAAAAUGGCCAAAAUAUAGUUUAGAUUGGCCAUCUGAACCAUCUGAUUCAGAAUAUUCAACAUUUGUGGAUAAAUUACAUGCUGGAUAUGUCAUGAAAAUGUGUCUCCUUGUCGCCAAAGAUAUAUCACAUUUUCCCUAUAUAACUGAACCUGUAAAAGAAGGUUAUGUUGAUGCAUAUUGGAUAAUUCGUGAUCGAGGCUUUCUUGGUUUAAUUGCUCAUUUAUUGCUAAAUCAUAAGGUAUGGCGUGGAUGUCAAUUGCGCGUAAUUGGUAUUGCUCGUGAUAGUGAAGAAAAAGAAGAGAUGACUGGUAGAAUUAAUUUCUAUUUGAAAGCAAUGCGUAUUGAUGCUACUGUGCAGGUAGGUAUACUAAGUGAUCCCAAUAUAUCACGUUCUGACUUUGAACGAACAUUAAUGAUGGAAGAAAGAAGUCAAAUGGCACGUGAAGCAAGAAGAUUUACAAUGAUGAAGAAAAAUAUUGAGCCAUUAAAGGAAUUGAAUAAUAAAACACCAAAUGAUAUUGAUAACAUUGAGCCAAUGAAAAAAAAUCGUUUCUGCAUUGAAAAACAUGCUGGUGAUAUUGCAGUCGAUGUUGAAGGGAAUGCUGAUGGUAAAAUUGAUGAUGAUCCAAUCGUUCAAGAUAUCAAUUUACAUUUAAAUAUAAUGGAAAAUCGAGAUGUUCAAACAUUUCCCACAGAAACAGAGCUAGGGAGAAAAAUUGUGAAGAAACUACGGAUACGUGAUGAGGAUAUCAAGUAUGACAAUGAAAGAAUAAAACGCUUACAAAAUUUAGACAGGCGAAAGGUUCACAAAAUGCACACAGCGACUCGUUUGAAUGCUCUAUUCAGGAAGACAUCCGAAAAAAGUCAAUUGAUACUACUUAAUCUUCCAAAACCUCCCGAUGUGAAAGAAGGUUUCACAGAUUAUUUGCAUUAUUUAGACGAGCUUACAGCAGGCUUACCAAGAGUUCUUUUUGUGCGUGGUGGCGGAGCAGAAACUCUCACUUCAACUGCUUAA